UCCAUUUAGGACACUACGAAAAUUACCAUGGACACAUUCAGGACGUUGUGGCUCUUUAUGGGACUGCUUGCAGUCGGCUUGGAAAAUGGUGUUCAUUCACUUAAUUUAUUUGGUAAAAAUGAACGUAUGGCAAAGAGCGGAUCAGAAAAUAAAUUAGUUCACAGUGUUACAACUACUCGUUCCGUGGUAGUUGAAAAAAAAUCUACUGUUUUCAAGAAAAAAUGUUGGUCAGAUUUAAUAGAAGAUAAAAAAUUGGGUAUAAACACAUUGGAAAUAUGUCAGAAUUACGGUUAUAACGUAGAAGGAUUAUACGUCGUACCAGAAUUUUUGAGACUCCUAAAUUCAUUAAACCGGGAACAAUGUAAUAUAGCUUCUAGAAUCACUUAUCCUAAAGAUUACAGCCUGUCUAUCAAGAACAAUGACGUGUUUGAUGUUAUCAUAGUGGGUUGUGGAGCUUCUGGAUCGGUUUUGGCUGCUAAGCUUAGCGACGAGAAAAAUUUGAACGUUUUGCUAUUGGAGGCUGGUGGUGUACCACUCAUGCAAUCUGAGAUACCAGGACUUUGGGCCAAUUCGAUUAGUUCCGUGAUGGAUUGGAAUUUUACCGCAAAAGCAGACGCCACAUUUGGUCAGAGCUUGGAAAACAAAUGUGUCCAUGUUAUUCGAGGAAAAACCUUAGGAGGAACAACGGCUUUGAAUACAAUGUUGUAUGAUCGAGGAAUAGAAUCAGACUAUACUAAAUUUGAAAUAGCUGGUUUAACCAAAUGGAGUUGGGAAGAUGUUUUGAAGUACUAUAAACGUUCAGAAGACUGUAAGUUUGAAAAAAUCACCACACAUGAAACAGUAAGUAGAUCACAUAGCGUAGGUGGUCAACUAUGUGUAGAUUCAUUCCGUAACACGAGAACUGUUCAAAUCAGACAAGUAUAUACUAAGGCGUUAAACGCAGUCAACUAUGACACAUUAGACUUUUUCGAUGUGAAAAACCAUCAAGGUUUCGUUUCAUCUAUCGCGAUCGUUAAAAAUGGUUUACGUGUGAACGCAGCAAAAGCCUUUUUGAAAAAUGCUAACAAAAAAUACAAUUUAAAAAUAUCAGCUAAUUCGUUAGUCAAAAAAAUAAUAUUUGAAGGUGAAAAAGCUGUAGGCGUAGAAUUUGAAAAUUCAGUUGGAGAACUAAUUCAAGUUAAGAGUAAGAAAUACGUUGUAUUAAGUGCUGGUCCAAUAGGAUCUCCCCAACUACUCAUGGAGUCGGGUGUUGGACCAAAGGCUCUACUUGAUUCAUUGAAAAUUCCAGUGGUCGUAGAGAAUGAUAACGUUGGUUUAAAUUUACAAGCGCAUCCAACUUUCUUAGGUAUAGUAGUUAAAUUUGAAAUGCAGCCGGUCAAGUCAUAUUCUAUCAGUGAAAUGGUCUUUGAAUACUUAAUGAAGCAUACUGGACCAUUGGCUACAAUAGGAUUGUGCAGUUUUACUGGUUUUAUAGAUAUUGAUGGCAAUGGUAUUCCAGAUAUUCAAAUCUUAUUUUAUUACUAUUCUCAGGAUGAUACUGUAUUCAUGCCUUCACAAUUGGACGCUUUUAACUUUAACGACAACAUCACGGAACAAAUAAUUGACCUUAACGAAGAUAACGAUAUUAAACUUAUCGGUAUUUCACUACUUCGUCCAAAGAAUACUGGUAAAGUGACUAUAAACAAGACCUGUGAUGGCGACGAGUAUGAACCAGUUAUAGAAUUUGGUUCUUUGGAUGACGAGGAUGUUGAAACUUUAGUAAAAGCUAUUCAUUGGGUAAAAAAUCUUGUAGAAUCUGAAGCAUUCAAACAAUACGGUCCAACAAUUGUUCCUUUAAAAAUCGAGGGUUGCCCAGAACCGAACGUUGACAGCGAUGAAUAUUGGAAAUGUGUUAUCAAACAUUUAACAAUAAUGAAUAUUCAAAUGGUUGGCACAUCCUCCAUGGCAACAGACUCUUCGAAAGGCGUUGUAGAUGAAGACCUUAAUGUCUUUGGUACCGAAAACUUGAUGGUUGCAGAUUCUUCUGCACUUCCAAUAAUGUUUAGUGCUGAAAGUUGUGCUUCAUCUAUUAUGGUCGGAGAGAAAGCUGCUGAUAUCAUAAAAGAAAAAUUGGGAUGUAAUGACGAUGAAGAUGAAGAAAACAAAGAAUCUGAUGAUUAUACUGCAUAAAAUUUUAUUCCUUAAUAAUAUAUAUUUUUAAGUUAAAUGAGAGAACUUGAUUCCUAAUGAGUGUUCUAAUACAUGUUAAUAAAAUGCAAUUAAUUAUACAGUGAAAAUAUUAAAUAUCAUAUUAUGGCAUAUAUA